GUUUAAUUCUGUCUGACGUCAUCUAACAACAAAGAAGCGUCAAAAUGGCGGCUAAUUGUUUUUCUUGAGCAGGUGUUUGCAAUUAGAAAAGAAACAUGCCGAAAAAGAAAGGAAAGGGGAAAAAGGGCAAGAAAGGGAAGAAGAAAUCGGGGAAGAAGUCAUCAGCAGAUUCUACACCAGGUCCAGUGGAUCCCAUGGCUCCGUCAUAUGUUCCUCCACCUCCCAAACCGGGAGAACAAUUAGUCAAACUCCUGACUUCACAUCCGGUUGAUGAGAAAGAAAUACAUGGUGUGAAAGUAUCAACAAGAAUAUUGGACAAUUUGACACCCCAGGAAAUCCGAGAUCUGAGAGUUGUAUUUGAGCUGUUUGAUAUUAAUAAUGAUGGAUUUUUGGCUCCGCCAGAAUUAAGACGUGCAAUGAAAUCUCUCGGAUUUAAGGUGUCCAGAGAAGAGGCCAAACAGCUAGCUACUGAUGGCAGUCUGAAAGGUGUUGGAAUGUUAGAUUUCAAUGAAUAUUUAGAGACUGUGAUAGACAGACAAGGUGAUUCACGAGACAUGUAUGAUGAAAUAUUAAAGGGAUUCUCAAUGUUUGAUCAUACAAAGAAAGGGUCCAUAACAUUGGGGGAUUUACAGAAGUCAUGUGAAGAAGCCGGGAUACGAUUUACAGAACGAGAGCUGGAGGAAAUGAUGGAGGAGGCCGAUAUAAACGGAGAUGGACACGUUGACCAAUCUGAAUUCAUUCGAAUAAUGUUACAAACUAAUCUGUUUUAGACAAAAAAAAAACAAGCAUAGAAAGGAGUAUUAUGAAAAAGUGAUAAUUUCUGGCUUAAUGUGUGAUAGAUAAAGAUUUUUUAUUCCUUUUAUAAUAGAAUAUAUUUUAAUGUAAAAUUAAAAAAUUAAAUCAAUUUGUUUAGUCAGGAAAGGGAAAAAGAUAUCAAUGUAUGUACAAUGAGUAGAAAAAUUAUAUGUUAUGAUAAAAUAAUGUACAUUUGUAUUGUUUAUUUAAAUUCAUGUAUGUUUUCUUUGGUAAAAUCUAUUGAAUUGAUAAAAUGUCACUUAAUUUCAAAUUGGUAAGAAGAAAAUAAGUUUCACUUACAUUUUGUUUUAAUUAUCCUUGAAAAAAUGUAAAAAGCAGAAUUUCAAUGAAAUGUUGUUUGGUAUUAGAACUUUUGUUGACAAUGUUGGCAUAUUGUUAUAAGAUAAAGUGUUGAAUAUUUGGUAUUUUGAAGAUUUCAUAUUGAUGAAAGAAAAGCAGAAUGUUUGCCAAACUGCGUAAAUGUUAUAUAUAGAUAAUAAAUAUACACAUGUAUAUAUAAUCUAGUUUAAAAGGACAAGAGAUUUUACGUACAAUAAUAGGCUUUUAUGAAAUAUUUUUUAUUAAUUUUAUGGUAAUUAAAUUGAAAAGUGAUUAAUCAUUACCUUGCAUAAUGUUAAUUUCUGAAACAAAUGUAAUAAAAGUCUUUUUUUAUCCUGUCAGUAACUUAAAGUCUUCUAUGAAAGUUUUGUAUUAAGUUUGUUGUAAUGUUGAAAUUGACAUUGCAAAGACUUUGCAAAACAGUUUGGAUUCCAGGGUCAAACUGCACAUCUAUGGUAUCUGACUAAACUUUAUACUGUUUACUAUCUUCAAAAGCUCUGAAAGUUACGACAGACUGUUUCUAUAAGAUAGACAAGUCAGUGUUAAAAAUACCCUAGUUUAGUCAUAGAUUAUUUGAGCUGCGUCAUGACAAAACCAACAUAAUGGGUUUGCGACCAGCAUGGAUCCAUCCCAGCCUGCGCAUCCGCGCAGUCUGAUCAGGAUCCAUGCUGUUCGCUAUCAGUUUCUCUACUUUUUAGAGUUUGAAAGCGAACAGCAUGGAUCCUGAUCAGACUGCUUGGAUGCGCAGGCUGGUCUGGAUGUAUGCUGGUCGCAAACCCAUUAUGUUGGUUUUGUCAUGACCAGCUCAUUUAUUAACUGCAUUAACUUGUACAUGUUGUAAAGUGCCUUACUGUACAAAAAUGAACAUUUUAUUUACAAUUUUAUAAGUAAGUACUUAAUCAGUUAAUGUUUGGGUUAAUGUUUGAAAGCUGUGUUUGUUUUAUGUUAUAAGCUGCAAUCUAAAAACUAUUGUUCUUGUAGAUAUGUUUGUUACAUUUUUUACCUAUAUCACUGUAAUAAGACCCUUUAUUUUGAUAUUGAAAUGUUGUUUAAUUUAGUUGUUUCUUUUUUUAUCAGUUAUAGUUUCUAGGAUUUUUACUCUGUUCAUAUAUGUCUACUGAGAAAUAAAUGUAUAAAAGGAUA